GCUGCGGGACAGUGAACCUUUGGAGUUUGAUAUGAUGUGAUGACAGAAUCACCCCAGUGACACGUUGCUAAAUUCCCCAGAAUGAAGGACUGAGUCUUCCGGGUGUUGAUCUCUGGAAUUGCUCAGUGAGCACCCCUAAUUUUGCUGAUUUAUUGCUGACAAUCGCUCUCAAUGGAAUCUAAUCAAAAAUCCGGGGAUGGACUGACGGGCAUGCAGAAAGAGGUGUCGCUGCGUGCACUCAUUCAGCGCACAGGAUAUCAAUUAUUGCAGGAGAAUGGUCAGAGGAGGUACGGCGGGCCCCCUCCAGGCUGGGAAGGCCCUCCCCCAGAGAGGGGCAGUGAGAUCUUUGUGGGGAAGCUACCCAGGGACCUCUUCGAGGAUGAGCUGGUCCCCCUCUGUGAGAAAUUUGGGAAGAUCUAUGAGGUCCGGAUGAUGAUGGACUUCAACGGCAAUAAUAGAGGAUAUGCAUUUGUUACCUUCACCACCAAAAAUGAAGCUAAGACCGCCAUGAAACAGCUCAAUAACUAUGAAAUCAGGAACGGAAGACUCCUAGGAGUGUGUGCCAGUGUGGACAACUGUCGUCUGUUUGUGGGGGGUAUCCCCAAAUCCAAGAAGAGAGAGGAGAUCCUGAUGGAGAUGAAGAAAGUGACAGAUGGGGUGUUGGAGGUGAUUGUUUACCCCAGUGCUGCGGACAAGACCAAGAACAGGGGCUUCGCCUUUGUGGAGUACGACAGUCACCGUGCUGCAGCCAUGGCCAGGAGGAAACUACUGCCAGGGAGGAUCCAGCUGUGGGGACACGCCAUCGCUGUGGACUGGGCGGAGCCUGAAGUGGAAGUGGACGAGGACACCAUGGCAACGGUGAAGAUUCUCUAUGUGAGGAACUUGAUGCUGGCUACUACAGAAGAGACCAUCGAGAAGGAGUUCAACAGCAUCAAACCAGGUGCUGUAGAGAGAGUGAAGAAGAUCAGAGACUACGCCUUUGUCCAUUUCACCCAGAGAGAGGACGCGAUAAGCGCCAUGGACGCAGUGAACGGAAAGCUGGUGGAUGGCUCUCCCGUGGAGGUGACCCUGGCCAAGCCGGUGGAUAAGGACAACUAUGUGCGCUACACCCGGGGUACAGGUGGCCGAGGUGGGGCCCUGCUCCAGGGGGAGUACACCUACACACUGGGCCAGGUGUAUGAUCCCUCAGCAGCCUACCUGGGUGCCCCAGUGUUCUACGCCCCACAGGCAUAUGCUGCUAUUCCUAAUCAGUUCCGCUUCCCCAGUGCCAAGGGGCAUGUGGGUGGCCGUGGCCUGGUGCGCACACCCUCGGUUAGAGAAAUUUACAUGAAUGUACCUGUAGGGGCAGCGGGGGUGCGCGGAAUGGGUGGUCGCGGAUACCUUGCCUACGCAGGUGUAGGCCGAGGCUGUGCCACCUACCAACUAAAGACAGACAAGCACCCCGACGACAAGCUCUUUGACCUGCUGCCGGGCAUGGAGCUCACGCCCAUGAACCCUGUGUCUAUGAAGCCUCCCGGUAUCAAACAUGCGCCACAGAUCUUGGAGGAUGUGUGCCAGAAGAACAACUGGGGGCAGCCAGUUUACCAGCUUCACUCUGCCAUCGGACUUGAUCAAAGGCAACUGUUCCUCUACAAAGUCACCAUUCCGGCUCUGGCCACCCAAUACCCUAAUGUGCAUCCGUUCACCCCAGCCAAGCUGUGUACAGCUGUGGACGAGGCCAAGGUUCAUGCUGCGGAGCAUGCCCUGCAGACCCUGGGGCUGCAGACAGAGGGCGCUGAGGCCUCCUCUGCAGCAGUAGCUGCAUUCCCAGGUUACACAAUAGCGAACACCUCAGCCUCAGUAGCUGCCUCCCAGCUCAAACAGGCUGUCACCCUGGGCCAGGACCUGACAGCAUACGCUACCUACGAGGGCUAUCCGGCCUUCGCCGUGGCAACCCGUGGAGACGGUUAUGGAGUGUUCUAAGUUCUAGGGCCAUCCUGGAACCUCGUCUGUCACCAGCAUUCUUUCUUAGUAUAUACAUUCUCAGUCUGUGUAAAACUUAUGUAGUAUCCAUUAUGUCAAUUUCAUUUGAUUGUGUUGAUCUAUUUAGUGGUAGAGGACCACAAUUAGAUGUUGUAGAGUUAGCAAAUUGUCAGAAGUAGAUUGCUUAUGAUGUAUUUUAUCAUUAUUUUGACGGCCAAUUAUUUUUUCCCAAAUCAUCUUUUUUUAUGACACAGCUGCUGGUUCAUAGUGACGGACUAGUGACUUCCUUUGACCCAAUAGAGGUUGUAGUGUCCCUUUCAAGUUUGUUCAAUUGUCCCUAAAAGUCUUUAUAUUUCCUCAUAAAUCAUUGAUAGAAGUAGAGUUUGCAAAUGUCAGGGAUACCAUUUCUGCCAUAGUUUCAAUGGUGACCUUUACUUUCUACCUAAAUCUGCUGCAGGUGCCUUUUGAUGUUGUUGCACAGUUGUACAUUGUUAGACUGAAAACACUGGCGUAGUUCAGCCACUUUUGAUGGUGAGAUGUGUGGAAAAGGGGGUUUCUUUUCUGCUAUUUGUGUCUCAGUAUUUACAGAUGCAUACAGAGAAUUUGUUUCCCUCUCUUUUCCGAUGUUAUAGUGUGCAGAAAAUGAAAACCAUCCACAAGCUGUGAAGCUGAACUGCCUAUUUUAAUAUUUUAAGGUUUUGUUGUCUAUGGAAGUCUGUGCAAACGUGUCUGUUUUAGCCAUGGGAUAUUUAUUGUAAAAAAAUGUCUUUACAUUGGAGUGUUAGCUAUGGACGAUCAUCUUGAACAGAGAUCGACGUCAUUCUGUUUUGCUUAUUCCCAUUAUUACCUUACACCCGACCUAGGCUUGUGAGCAUGGACAUUGGAAGUGUUAACACACUUAUCAGGGCACGAAACGACACUGAUAAAUAUGAUAAUGCCUAAGCAGUGACAGUAUUAAAGUGUGUAUAGCACUUAGAACGUAUUUUUAUACCAGAAAUCCAACACUAUUUGUAUAGUUAUAUUGUUUUUGGAUAUUUCAAAUUCUCUGUGCCUCAAUAAUUUCUCUGAAAUCCCAUAAAAGCAAAUGAUAAAGGGUUGAAAUAAAUGCAAAUCUGAAAUUUAAGGAGAAAUGGGUACAUUUUUGUGAAACUACAUGUGGUACUGCUUGGGUAAUUAGAACGUGUCAUGAACUGCAAUUGCCCAUGAUGAAUAAACCAGCUGCAUUUUGA